GGGAUCCAUCAUCGGGGCCUUGGAGGCGGCGGCACCAGCGGUACAACAAGAGGCAAUCCAGAACCUCGUGAGGGACCAGUACGCCAACACCACCCGGAACACGCGGGACUCGAGGUGGAACCUCUGGACCCGCCUUGCUACAUCAUGGAAAUUACCACCUCUCCCGAUCACAGCAGAGCUCGUCCAGGCCAUCGCAUCUAGCCUCAAGCGAGGCAGAUACCGUUCAUCGGCACAAGUCUUCAGUAUGGCAAGACAGCAGCACGUUGCACACACCGGAUGCAGACUCUCCGCGGACAUCGAGCAGCAGAUCACCAUGUCCAUCAGGAGCAUCGAGCGGGGCCUGGGCCCAUCAACGCUCAAGGACGCAUUCAUUGUCGAGGACCUCGCAGCCGCAACGGACAGCUCCAAUACACCACCACCAGCCGAAGACCAUUGGGCAGAGUACCUCUACGACUGUGUCCUCGUGACUCCAAUCUGCUGCUGGUGGAUGCUUCGGGGCAUCGAAGUAGCGGCAGCUCGGUUCUCCGAUGUUUGGUUCGAAACCACCUCCUUUGGCAGGUUGGCGUUCUUCACGCUCCCCUGUCACAAAACAGACACAAUUGGGAUGUGUAUUACACGGUCGCACCCAUGCACAUGUUCCGACAACUUGGCGGCCCUCUGUCCAUACCAUGCUUUGGACACGUUCAUCCGACGCAAUCAUCGCCCGGGCACCGACAGGAAUGACGAGUACCUCUUUUAUGGACGCCGAGGCGGACCCAUCACCCAUUUGGAGACCAUCGAAGUGUUCCGCAAGGCCAUCGCAAGCACCGGCGCUGAGCUCACCAGACCCGACCGCUGGGGCAGCGACGCAGUACGCCGCUAUGUCCAAGAAGCUCCUCUUUCCUGUGCAUCUGGAUCAUCAGCUAGACCGUGCAUCAGCAAGACGCCGACACAGAUGGUUAAGAAAUACCUCGAGACCAUCACGAGCAAGUUCUGGGUGAAGAACACCUCCACCAACGUGAUCCACAUAUCUGGGGCACCAGAAUUCUCCACAGAGAACAUUCAUUGGCACACCCUUUGUGGUUGGCGCUACGGUCAGGCACCACACACAAGGUUCUGGUCUCUCCCCGAGGGCAACCAGUGUCAGAGAUGCUUCCGCAUGCAAGAGAAUCAGGCCAUCACGGACGCCAACAGUGAUGAGGAGGCAGUCUGGAACGCCCCAUCGGCAACCUUGUCUCUCGUAGCCCCGUAUUUGUUCACCCGAGCUCGUAGGAUAGACCUCACCACCGACCCAGUGUUGAAGUACCUGCGAGCGAUCAAGAUCAUCACCUGCAGUGCCAUAUCCGUUUACUUCCAGGAUGACGCGGCUGUCACGGACCUCGUCAAGAAGCUGGAGGGCAAGUUCACCUACAAGGGCAAUGACUACGACCUCGGCAAGAUUGGCGGCAAGCACAUCGUCGACAACACCUACUCCGACAACACCGACAUCCACCUCGACAUCAACCGACAAGGUGAGAUCAUGUCACAGCGCGUCUUCACCUCCUUGGGAACAGUCAACGCCAACCGCAAAAAGGACGACCUCGACAAACGCCUCAUCGUUGACAACAAACAGCAGCUGGUCACCAAGGAGCCGCCAGAUUGGGACGUCCGAG